AUGACGGGCGCCAGCGGCCGAGCCUGGAACGCUCUCAUCCGCACGCACCACAUUCGAUCUCAGAAGAAAGUUGCCAAACUCCGGCAGGCUGCAUCAGCUGAAGAUGUCUACGCCUUGAUUCGCCCAGGCGCGCCUGGGAUCAUGUACGUGGAAGGCCAUAGAGCCGGAGUCGAGAACUGGACAAGCGCUGUGUCUCGCCUUCGUUACAAAGACUUCCACUACGUUGCGAAACCUGCCGAGAUGCGACAUGAGAACGACGCUCCUGGCAGCAUUUCCGGAUCAACUGGUCUGCAUGAAGCCGAGACGGUGAAAGAGUUCGCUGCUGAAAUGCAAGCCCGUGGUGUGUUAAAGUGGUUCAGGAAGGGCAUGGGCUAUGAUGAGGAUCCCGAUCGCUUAUAAGAGCUUGGUUCCUGGCGCUUUCGACUCUGGCAAAAGUCUGGCCCGGCUUGAACAUGUCGACAUCCAGACAGCAAGAAUUUCCCGCAACACAGCUCGAUAUCGACACCUGACGACAACCCAAAAUAUCCGCUGGUCCAUAUCCUCGAAGAGCCUUGCAGCGAAGGAGAUAUCGGGGCCUGAAUUGAUCGACGCCACGACCUGUCUACCUUGCGGUACGAACGCCCGGUAAAAAGAAGAAAAGAGAAUACCCAGGGACAGAAUCGAACUGUCGAC